AUGGCGCUCGCACACCGUCGGCCAGCCUCCCUCCUACUACUCCUCGCGGCCUUCCUGUACGCCGCAACCUUCCUCGCCGCCCCGGCCGCGGCCACGGGGAAGACCGGGCAGGUGGCCGUGUUCUGGGGACGGAACAAGAACGAGGGCACCCUGCGUGAGGCCUGCGACUCCGGCACGUACACCAUCGCCAUCAUCUCCUUCCUCGACGUCUUCGGCCACGGCGCCCACCACCUCGACCUCUCCGGCCACGACGUCUCCCGCGUAGGCGCCGACAUCAAACACUGCCAGUCCAAGAACAUCCUCGUCUUCCUCUCCAUCGGCGGCUUCGGUAGGCAGUACUUCAUGCCGAGCCCCAGGGCGGCGGCGGCCGUGGCCGACUACCUCUGGAACGCCUUCAUGCUCGGCAGGCGCAAGGGCGUCUACCGCCCCUUCGGCGACGCCUACGUGGACGGCAUCGACUUCUUCAUCGAGAACGGCGCCCCGGACAACUACGACGAGCUGGCCAGGCGGCUCUGGAACUACAACAAGGCCUACCGCGGAAGGACGCCGGUGCAGCUGACGGCGACGCCGCGCUGCAGGUUCCCGGACCGGAAAUUGGAGCGGGCGCUCGCCACGGGGCUCUUCACACGCAUCUUCGUCAGGUUCUACGACGACCCCCACUGCGCCGCCAACUGGCAGCAGGAGUGGGACAAGUGGACGGCUGCGUUCGGGACGUCGUCCGCGCAGAUCUACUUCGGCCUGCCGGCGUCGGAGAGGAAGGUCGGGUACGUGCACCCGAAGAAUCUGUACUACGGUAUCAUCCCGGUGGUGCAGAAGGCAGCCAACUGCGGCGGAAUCAUGGUCUGGGAACGCUACGACGACAAGCGGACCGGCUACAGCAGCUACGCCAUCCAAUGGGCUUGAGCCUUUCCUUAGCUGCAGGCUGCAGCUGAAUGUAGCACACCAGGGUUCAUCCACACCGUUUCCAUACGUUUACUAGUACUGCAAAGCGCGCGCGCGUGUG